UUUAUCCGUAGGCGAUUUGUCUCACUCCGCUUAGGUUUCAUUUUAUGCUGCCGUUGUACGGACGGCCACCACAAGUGUGAGAGUAUAAUAAAAUUGCCGCCUCUCGCCGCUCAAAUCCGCAACUUCCCAAAUUUCACUCCUACUUUUACGAGGUGCAGUUAUAUGUUCAAAGAGACAGCUUCACUGGCAGCCGGCAUUUUAUUGAUUUUCUUAUCUACUCGGCAUAAGGAAAAAUAUGAAAAAAGUAGUGAGAUACCGAAAGAUCACUACCAUGAAGGAACUGCUGCGCGGACAAGGCCUUUAAGCUUUGAUGAGAUAAUGUCGAAAAGGAAAAACAAAAAGAAAUUGUUUGAAAAUGAGAAAGUUGGAGUUGUAGAAGAUAUAUCAAGAGAUGGGAAUACUGAAAAAUUAAAUGAUCAGUCUAGAAGGGGUAAUUCGCGAAGUAAAGAUUCUUCUCAUGGUGUCAAGAAGCAUUUUCCAGAGGGAGAUGCAAAGGCAAGUUUGAAAAAGAAAGAGAAAAACACUUUCAUGAAGGAUGACUAUUCUAAAAGAAAUGAUAGAGAACUUGGGGAUUCAGAAAUCAAAUUGAAGGCCAAAGUGGAUAAAGAUCUGAAAGCUAAAGGCAAGUCUGAUGAAAAAAACUAUGGCAGCAGAAAAAGAGAUGAGGGACGUAGCAAUAAUGUUGAAAAUGAAGCUUUAAAGAAACAUUCAAGAGAUUUCCCAGAAAAGGAUAGGCACAUGAAUGGAACUGUUGGAAAAUCUGAACGAGAAAACAAGAGAAAAUACCGAAGUGGAGCUGAUGAGAAAAAUAGAGAUAGGUAUACUACAAGGAAACAUGAUUUGGGGAAAGUGCAUGAUUCAGAAACUUCAGACAGAAAGAAUAGGAAGGAAUUAUCAAAAUCCCGUUAUGAAGAAUUAAACUUGAAAAGAAGGCGAUCGAGGAGUAGAGAGCAUGUGGACGGAAAGAAACGGUCUAUUUCACCCUUCCCAAGGUCACAAAAACAUGUGUCUUAUUAUAGUAGGGAGCAUGAAGAGCCAACGUCAUCCCUUAAAGGGAGAUCUGAACGGCCACAUUCUGAUACUGACAAGAGCAGAGUUCUGAAUAAUGGUUCAAGUGGCCACUAUAAGAGACAUGGUGGUUCCACAAGUGGGCUUGGCGGUUAUUCACCAAGGAAGAGAAGAACUGAUAAUGCUGCCAAGACUCCUUCUCCACCUAAGCGAUCACCAGAGAAGAAAAGUGCUAAAUGGGACCUGGCACCAGCAGUUGCUGACAACACCUUUUCUGUGUCAAUUCCUUCUAAUUUUCAACUGUCAAAUCAAUUAACACCCUCAAAUAUGCAUGAAGCAAUCAGUGCAGUUUCUUUUGCUUCAACCAUAUUGAAGCCUCUUUCGGUUCCGUUCGGUAUUUUGUCAACCAAUAAGAAUGAUUCUAUUGACUCCGUUCAACUAACACAAGCUACCCGUCCUAUGAGGAGGCUGUAUGUGGAAAAUAUACCAGCUUCAGCCUCUGAGAAAGCCGUGAUGGAAUUUUUGAAUAAUUUUUUGAUUUCUUCGGGUGUUAACCAUAUCCAAGGAACCCAACCGUGUAUUAGCUGCAUUAUACACAAAGAAAAGGGUCAAGCUCUUGUAGAAUUUCUUACACCUGAGGACGCUUCAGCAGCUCUUUCUUUUGACGGCAGGUCCUUCUGUGGUUCCAUAAUAAAAAUCAGACGCCCCAAAGACUUUGUUGAAGCGGCAACUGGUGAACUGGAAAAAUCAGUGGCUGCAGUUGAUGCAAUUAGCUGUAUCGUAAACGACACACCUCACAAGAUAUUCAUUGGUGGAUUUUCGAAGGCUUUUUCUUCUAAAAUGAUCAUGGAGAUUGCAAGCGCUUUUGGACCUUUGAAGGCAUACCAUUUUGAAAACAGUGAUGAUCUCAGUGAGCCAUGUGCUUUUCUAGAGUAUGCAGACCAAUCAAUCACACUCAAAGCUUGUGCGGGUCUCAAUGGUAUGAAGUUAGGAGGGCAAGUAGUAACUGCAGUUCAAGCUGUUCCAAAUGCACCAGCCUUGGCAAAUAGUGGGAACCCACCGUCCUAUGGGAUCCCUGAGCAAGCAAAGGCGCUUCUUAAGAAGCCUACAGAAGUUCUAAGGCUUAAAAAUGUGUUUGAUCCAGAUGCCUUCCCAUCAUUGUCUCACGUGGAAAUUGAGGAAGUACUGGAAGAUGUGCGCCUAGAGUGUACAAGGUUUGGCACUGUUAAAUCUGUUAAUGUUGUCAAGUACAGUGCAGCUCCCAUUUCGUCCUCAGUUGCAUGUGGAGUUAUUGAGGAUGUGGAUUUGCCUGGAUCUCUGCAAAAAUUGGUGUGUAAUGAAGCAUAUGCUGAAACAGUUACGAUCAAACAAACUGCUGAGCCAAAAAUUGUGGAAAGCAAUGGUAUUGAGGAUGAUAAACCUGGAGGCAGUGUUAUGGAGGAUGAGACAUGUCAUCCAGGCCAAUCUGAUAGUAAUGUGGUUGUUGAUAAUCAGUCUGCCAAUAGUAUACCUGAUUCUCAAGAACACUUUCAGAAGACAUCAAAAGAUGAAUCAGAAUGCUUUGGUGACAAGGUCAUUGAUAAUAUUCAAAUAAAGGAUAGGAACCUGGAAGACCAAUUGCCCAUCAGAGAAGAAUCGGAUUUGGAGGAAGUCAGUGGAAAAUCAAAGGAACUGCUUGUAGAUGAUCAUGAUUAUAUGAUAGGAUCAGAUGCAAUUGAGAAGGGAGACUGUGAGCAACAGAAUUGUGAUCCUGACCAUAUUUUUGAGUCAGGCUGUGUUUUUGUAGAGUUUAGAAGAACAGAAGCCUCAUGUAUGGCUGCACAUUGUUUGCAUGGACGCCUAUUCGAUAGCCAUACUGUGACAGUGGAGUACGUUCCUCUCGAUGUCUACCGCGCCAGGUUUCCAAAAUAAGCAUAUUGAUGAUGAAACUGAGAGAGAAGCUGGAAGAUGACUAUUGUUCUAUCAGUGGUUGGAAAUGACUCAUUCUGACAUUUUGAUUUUUGAAAGCCUUCAACACUGCUCUUAUCAGCAUUUACCAAUAUGACAUAUAGGAAACAAUCAGUUCCACUGCUGAAAGAAAUUGAGUGGCUGGCGCAUGGAAUCCGUGAAGGACCUGGAUGAUCUUGACCCAGUCAGUUGAGUCUUGCUUCUGAUACAUAUAUAAGAUAAUGCUGGAAGAAAUGACUUGGGACAUACAUUUUCUAUAUCUACGGUCUAAUAGAAGAGAGAAUCAAACAAUUUGUUUUGUUUUUAUGUGUUUUUUGUUCGUCCGAACUAUGUCCCCCUAGCUUUGAAGCUCUAAUUAGUCUCACCUUAACGCCUCGCUAAAAUACCUAUAAAAAAUAUUUAUCAUUACAUUAAUUUUUUUUUAUUUUUAAAUACCAUAUAUUUUGGAUUUGACGCAA